GGAGGGGGCCGCGGGCGGGGUGGGCGGCGCGGGGCGAGCCUGAGGCGCGGGCUGGGCGCACGUCGAGGGCUGUGGCUGCCGCGGCGGGUACGACCAGGGGCUGCGGACCCGGGAUCGAGGCGGCCGAACCCAGGUCGAGCUGUCGGGAGGGUGGAGUCACAGGGCCUGCAGAGAUGCUGGCUGUCCCAGAGAUGGGCCUGCAAGGGCUGUACAUUGGCUCUAGCCCCGAGCGGUCCCCCGUGCCCAGCCCGCCCGGCUCCCCAAGGACCCAGGAAAGCUGUGGCAUUGCCCCCCUCACACCCUCGCAGUCUCCAAAGCCCGAGGCCCGAGCCCCACAGCAUGCUCCCUUCUCUGUGGUGGUGGCCAUUGACUUUGGUACCACCUCCAGUGGCUAUGCCUUCAGCUUUGCCAGUGAUCCUGAAGCCAUCCACAUGAUGAGGAAAUGGGAGGGCGGGGACCCAGGAGUGGCCCACCAGAAGACCCCCACCUGCCUGCUGUUGACCCCGGAGGGUGCCUUUCACAGCUUUGGCUACACUGCCCGCGAUUACUACCACGAUCUGGACCCUGAGGAGGCGCGGGACUGGCUCUAUUUCGAGAAGUUCAAGAUGAAGAUCCACAGCGCCACUGAUCUCACCCUGAAGACCCAGCUAGAGGCCGUAAACGGAAAGAAAAUGCCUGCCCUGGAGGUGUUCGCCCAUGCCCUACGCUUCUUCAAGGAGCAUGCCCUUCAGGAGCUGAGGGAGCAGUGCCCAUCGCUGCCAGAGAAGGACACCGUGCGCUGGGUGUUGACGGUGCCUGCCAUCUGGAAACAGCCUGCCAAGCAGUUCAUGCGUGAGGCUGCCUACCUGGCUGGCCUGGUGUCGAGGGAGGAUGCAGACCAACUACUCAUCGCCCUGGAGCCAGAGGCUGCCUCUGUCUAUUGCCGCAAGCUGCGUCUACACCAGCUCGUGGACCUAAGCAGCCGGGCUCCAGGCAGUGGACGCCUGGGUGAGCGCCGCUCCAUCGAUUCCAGCUUCCGGCAGGCCCGCGAGCAGCUGCGCCGGUCCCGCCACAGCCGCACGUUCCUGGUGGAGUCCGGCGUCGGAGAGCUGUGGGCAGAGAUGCAAGCAGGAGACCGCUACGUGGUGGCAGACUGCGGGGGAGGCACGGUGGACCUGACCGUGCACCAGCUGGAGCAGCCGCAUGGCACGCUAAAGGAACUCUACAAGGCAUCUGGCGGCCCCUAUGGCGCGGUGGGCGUGGACCUGGCUUUUGAGCAGCUGCUGGGCCGCAUCUUUGGAGAAGACUUCAUCGCCACCUUCAAAAGGCAACGCCCGGCAGCCUGGGUGGAUCUGACCAUCGCCUUUGAGGCCCGCAAACGCACGGCAGGCCCACACCGUGCAGGGGCACUCAACAUCUCGCUGCCUUUCUCCUUCAUUGACUUCUACCGCAAGCAGCGAGGCCACAACGUGGAGACAGCCCUGCGCCGGAGCAGCGUGAACUUCGUGAAGUGGUCCUCACAGGGGAUGCUCAGGAUGACUUGUGAGGCCAUGAACGAGCUCUUUCAGCCCACGGUCAGUGGGAUCAUCCAGCACAUAGAGGCGCUGCUGGCACGGCCCGAGGUGCAGGGCGUGAAGCUGCUGUUCCUGGUGGGCGGCUUUGCCGAGUCGGCUGUGCUGCAGCACGCGGUGCAGGCGGCGCUGGGCGCCCGCGGCCUGCGCGUGGUGGUCCCGCACGACGUGGGCCUCACCAUCCUCAAGGGCGCGGUGCUGUUCGGGCAAGCGCCGGGCGUGGUGCGGGUGCGCCGCUCGCCGCUCACCUACGGCGUAGGCGUGCUCAACCGAUUCGUGGCUGGGCGCCACCCGCCCGAGAAACUGCUGGUCCGCGACGGCCGCCGCUGGUGCACCGACGUCUUCGAGCGCUUCGUGGCCGCCGAGCAGUCGGUGGCCCUGGGUGAGGAGGUGCGGCGCAGCUAUUGCCCGGCGCGCCCGGGCCAGCGGCGCGUGCUCAUCAACCUGUACUGCUGCGCGGCCGAGGACGCGCGCUUCAUCACAGACCCCGGCGUGCGCAAGUGCGGCGCGCUCAGCCUGGAGCUAGAGCCCUACGACGGUGCGUCCUCCGGCCGCCGCGAGAUCCGCGCCGCCAUGCAGUUUGGCGACACCGAGAUUAAGGUCACCGCCGUCGAUGUCAGCACCAAUCGCUCCGUGCGCGCCGCCAUCGACUUUCUUUCCAACUGAGGGCGUGCGCGAGGACCAGUUCCCCAGUGCCAGGCCCCGCCCUCUUGUGGUCGUGGGGUCGGUUCUAGUGGAUGGGCUGCUAGCUCUGAAGUCGCGCCUCUUCCCCACCCUCUAGUUCUGAAGUCGCGCCUCUUCCCCCACCCUCCCGCCUGGGGAGAUGAGGUCGCAGGAUGGGUGGGGACAGACUCUGGCUUUGGAAUUGGGCCCAGGUCCGCUGACUGGAAGGCUGCAGAGCCCUGCCAAGGGCUGAGGUCAAGGAAUCAGAAGAGGUUUGUAAGCCGGUGCGCCCACAGGGAACACGUCACCCCGAAGGCAGAAUGCACCAGAAGACUGAGCCCUGGCCUGAACUGGGGGGGGGGGGGGG